GGGGAUUUUUGGAUUUUGCCUUGGAGGCCCAAGAAAGCAGAAGAAAGAUGCUUCAGACCAGUAACUACAGCCUGGUGCUGUCCCUGCAGUUCCUGCUGCUGUCCUAUGACCUCUUUGUCAAUUCCUUCUCAGAGCUACUCCGAAUAGCUCCUGUCAUCCAGUUGGUGCUCUUCAUCAUCCAGGAUAUUGCAAUCCUCUUCAACAUCAUCAUCAUUUUCCUCAUGUUCUUCAACACCUUCGUCUUCCAGGCUGGCUUGGUCAACCUCCUAUUCCAUAAGUUCAAAGGGACCAUCAUCCUGACAGCUGUGUACUUUGCGCUCAGCAUCUCCCUUCAUGUCUGGGUCAUGAACUUACGCUGGAAAAGUUCCAACAGCUUUGUUUGGACAGAUGGACUUCAAACGCUGUUUGUAUUCCAGAGACUGGGUAAGGACCACAGAAGCCCCAGGCUUACUUAUUGUGCUGGCCUUGAUCCUGGCCUCGUAGCCCCUCACAGCUGGCCUGGGAUGGUUGGGACAGUCAUGUCAAGAACAGAAGACUCCUUGCGGGGAGACAGUGGGAAGCCCUGAGGCAGGCCCUCAGCUUGGAGGCUGGGUUCCCACCCUUAAAUGAGUUCUCAGGGUCACCCCAGAGGCUUCUUCUCUGCUCUGUCCCCAGCUGCGGUGCUGUACUGCUACUUCUACAAACGGACGGCCAUGAGACUGGGCGACCCACGCUUCUACCAGGACUCUCUAUGGCUGCGCAAGGAGUUCAUGCAAGUCCGAAGGUGACUGCUUCUUGUCACACUGAUGGCUGCCUUUCCUUCCUGAUAGAAGCUCUGCAGGAAGGGUCGGCCUCUGCACCAGGAAAUAGCUGGACUUCCCAAGGACAUGCUUAGGCCAGUUGUGUUCUCACAAGUUCCCCAACAGACUCCUGUGCGUAGUGCCUCCUCUCCCCUACCUCAGUUCCGCCCUUUCCUUCCUUUCCUGCCCUGUUCCAUUCCUUCUGCACCCCUCCCCUCUGCCGAGGCUGUGGCUCACCCUUUGAACCUACUAGUCUCCACCUUCCUGACACCACGCUCUGGUGACCGAAGGAUGCAGAGUGGUAGCUGGGUGUUCUUGACUGAUCCCCUCUUAGACAUUUAGAUUUUUAUACCUAAGAUACUUUUUUACAUUUUGUAAAUAGGAAAUAAAUUAAAUUCUUUUUUUCAUAAAUGGUGGAAUCUGUCUAGCUAGAUCGCUCCAUGGUUAAGAGAUAUAUACCAAGUCCUACCCUCAGCACCUAUUUGACCCAGUGGGCAGAUUGAGCCAGAGAACAAAUAUGGACAUUUAUUGAGUUCAUUAUGAGAUAAAGUAUUUCUGCAGAA